AUGUUCCUUCCCUUCCGCAACAUCUCGACCAAGCAGAGUGUGGCCGCGCUCGGCCUCUGCGUCUUCUUCGCGUACGGCUCGCACUACCUGGAUACGCUCGAGCCGCUGCGCAUCAAGAACGGCAAGGCCGUCGCGUGGAGCUCGUUUGAUGCCAAGGAAUCGAAAUAA